UCUUAGCAACUGCAACUGUCAUUUAUAAACUGUUUACACGCGACUUCACCACUUAUUCCAGUAGUUCGUAAAAUUAAUAUUUUUUAUCUUAUGAAAUCCUGUAUCUUUCAUGGAUUCUGUUUUAAAAAAGACAGUUUUUGUGGAAUUUUUAAUUGAUUCUUAGUAGAAUUGACAUUUUUCCAAUUUUUAUAACCUCAGUGUUAGUUAUAAAUAAAGUUUCUUGAUUUGGAGUUACAUUUUAAUUUUUUGACAAGUAAUAAUCAUGGAUGAUUCAGUACGAGUAGCCCUUCGAGUUAGACCAUUAGUAAAUUCAGAGAAGGAACGUGGUUGUCAAAAUAUAAUUAAUGUGAUACCUGAGCAAAAUCAAGUUCAGAUCAGAAAUACGGAAAAAGCUUUUACUUUCAAUUACGUAUUUGAUCCAUCGACUGAACAGGAAGAAUUUUAUAACUCAGCUAUAAGAAAAAUGAUAAAUAGUUUAUUCAAAGGAUAUAAUGUUACAAUAUUGGCUUAUGGACAAACUGGAAGUGGAAAAACGCAUUCUAUGGGCACAAAUUAUGGUUCCGAUAAUUCAAUGGGAGUUAUACCGAGGGCUGUGAAUGACAUAUUUAAUAUUAUUGAAACAAAAAACAAUGACUGGAUUUUUAAAGUUACUGUAUCUUUUAUGGAACUCUAUCAAGAACAGCUAUACGAUCUUCUAGCGUUUGAUAAACAACGUAAAGACUGCAUGAUCGAUAUUCGUGAAGAAAAUAAAGAAAUCAAAAUCAUUGGAAUUACAGAAAAAGAAGUAAAAAAUUCAGAAGCAGCACUAGAACUGCUGGUUCAAGGAUCAGACAAUAGAGCUACAGGGGCGACUGCAAUGAAUCAUCAAAGCAGUAGAAGUCAUGCUAUAUUCACUUUAACAAUUCAUCAACAACAACGUGAUGACCUGAAUAAUUCAACUACAGCAAAAUUUCACCUCGUCGAUCUGGCUGGUUCAGAGAGAAGUAAAAAAACUCAAGCGACAGGGGAAAGAUUCAAAGAAGGUGUAAAUAUAAAUAAAGGCUUACUAGCACUUGGAAAUGUUAUUUCUCAAUUAGGUGACGGAAAUACGAACACUUUUGUUAAUUAUCGUGACAGUAAAUUAACUCGCCUCCUUCAAGAUUCUCUAGGGGGUAAUUCCAUAACUUUAAUGAUUGCUUGUAUAAGUCCAGCAGAUUAUAAUCUUGAAGAAACUCUAAGUACUUUAAGAUAUGCUGAUCGAGCGAAAAAAAUCAAGAAUAAACCAAUAAUUAAUCAAGAUCCAAAGACAGCUGAAAUAAAUCGUUUAAAUAAAAUCAUUAAUGAUCUUCGAUUACAAAUGUUAGGCAAUGGAACAGCUUUUUCUUGUCCACCUGAACAUACUGAGCUGAUAGAAAAAAAUAAUUUGUUGAAGAAAAAAUGUGUCCAACUAGCCGAAACACUUCAUAAUAAUAUAAAUGAUAUCCUUUCUAUGAAUGAAAGGGCAGAGUUUGCUGAAAAUUCUCGAGAAAAAAUUUGUAAUGGUCUACAAAAAAUUUUAGAACAUUUGGACAAUGUAAUUAAAGAAAAUAUUGAAAAAAGUGAAGAUCCCAAGUAUAAUGAAUGGCUUGAAUUACUCAAAAAUAUACGGUGUCAAAUUGCUGAAUUACUUGAUGAAGAAAAGAAAAUUAAUUCAGAAAUUCUUCAAAUGUCACUUUCUUCAACUUCUCAAGUUACGAAAUCUUAUACGAGUGAUAAAAAUGUGGAAACAGACGAAAAUGACAGUUUUGCUGAAAUCUGUUAUGAUGAUAAACAUACUGAACAUACUCUUCGUCAAGCUGAACGUAAUGAUGAAGUUCAAGGUAUUAAUCGUGCUUUGGCCAUAAAAGAAGAAUUGAUUUUGAAACUUCGUAAUAGUGCUGCUCAUUUUGCUAGUUAUACAGAAGAAAUUCAAGAAAUGGAAAACGAAAUUAAAAAACUUCAAGCAGAAAAAGAAGAGCUUUUAAAAGCUUUAGAUAACGCUCAAAUUAAUAAUGCAUCGGUAAAAAUUUCUGAAUCUCGACGAAAAAAAGUCCAGGAAUUAGAGAAGAAAAUAAGUGAAUUGAUGAAAAAAUGUGCAGAACAAAAUCGUGCAUUAGAAAAUAAACAAAAAGACAGUCAACAAAUUAAAAACCUUACUGCUGAAAUUUUACAGAUGAAACAACUUAGAGUUAAACUAGUGCGUGAAAUGCGAAAAGAAGCUGAAAAUUUCAAUCAAUACAAAGCUCAAAGAGAACGAGAACUUUAUAAGUUGAAAAACCAGGAUAGAAAACGACAACAUGAAAUGGUAAAGAUGAAGAUCCAGCAUGAUAAUCAACAAAAUGUUUUCAAAAGAAAGUUAGAAGAGGCACACGUUGUCAAUAAGCGUCUGAAAGAAGCUCUAGAAAUGCAAAAAAAAUCAAGACAAAGGCGUGAAAAAGCUACUAAUUCUAAAGAGGAAAUACGAAAUUGGUUACAACAUGAGCUAAAUGUUUUACAUAGUAUUGCAGAUGCUGAAUGUUCAGUAGAUAAAUUAAUCAAAGAUCGAGAAGUCAUAGUUUCUCAAUUAAAAAAAUUAGAAACUGAAUAUUCUCAAAAUUCAACUCCUGAAAUAGAAAAACAAAUGACAGCAUGGAAAGAACAUUUAGAUCUUAGAAACGCUCAAAUAUCAGAUUUUCAACAAAAACUUUUAGAAUCAGAGCAAGAUACUAAACCAAAUUCACGGUGGCAGAUGAUUCAGUCGAUGGGUGAUGCUAAAACAGCUUUAAGCAUGUUAUUUAAGACCAGUGCUGAGAACGAAAAAAAAUACUUUAACAAAUGUCAAGAUUUCAACGACUUGAUGGAAAAGUAUGAUCAAAUAUGUAUGGCUAAGAGACAAUGUGAAUUAAAAUUACAGGUAAUUGAAAAAAAAGUUGCAUUGCAGUCAAAUAAUUCUUCUGAAUCUGAAUAUAUUAAAAAAAUAGAACAAGAAUUGGCGACAUAUAAAGAAAAACUUCAAUCUCUUGAACAAAAAUCAUUUUCAAGAUCCAGUAAUUCAAAACGAACGCAUUCGGUUGAUUUGUAUGAAUAUGUAGAACUGGAGGAUAGUAUAAUGAUAGGUGAAGAAGUUGACGACACAAAGAAAGAUCCUGACUGGAAGGAGGAACCGCUUAAUAAAAGAGCUCGAACGACAAUAAAUAAUAAUGAAAACAGUGAUCUAAAUAAAGAUAAAAAGGAAAAACGACCUUCAAAGAAGCGUUCUUCUAAUGAAAUAAUCAAAUGCGCAUGCAAAAGUAAAUGUUCCACUCGACUGUGUUCAUGUAAGAAAAAUUCAGAGGCAUGCAGCAGUAAUUGCUCUUGCAAUGCUGAAAUUUGUCAAAAUAAAAGCAUAACGAGUCGAUUGUAUUUUGAUGACAUUAUUAAUAAAACACCAAGCUUGAAUUCAACUGAAAAUAAUUCUAUUUAAAAAGAAUGAAUCGAAAUGACAUCAUCGUAUCACAUCGAAUAGAUCAAAAAUUAGUUGAAAUUAAAAUAUAUUUUUUAAGUUUAUAAAAAAAAUAAAAAAAUAAUAUAAUAAAU